CUACCCUCGUACAAUCGUUGAAUUAAACGUUUUUGGGAAUAAUGUUUAGCGUUAAUAUCAAUUGAACGAAAACGAACAAAGAACUCACCUCAAGACGAGAUUAUAUGCUAAUAAAGCUUUAUAUUUCAUCGACGAUAAUUUCACAACAAACAUAUUGAACUUGUGCCAGAUAAGAGUGAUAUUCCUUCACAGACCAAACGUGUCGUACGAAUACUUGCGACAGAAUGACUGAAAGAGCGACUACGCUUGCGCGAAUUUCGACUGACGAGUUGUCUCACGAAUGUUAUUUCGUGAGAGAUUAACAUGUGUUUGAAUUCUUUUCGUAUUAUGUUGAUAGCCCGAUUGCUGGCGAUCUCACUCCGACAAAGUCAUUAAUGCAAGUGUUAUAGUCGCAGGAUGGUGUAUAUCGCACCGCUUUACUUCACACUUAUGUUGAGUUAUGCAAUUUGCGUUAGAAUUCGCGGUGGGCGAGACGGAAAUUACAUAAUUCAUAAUUGAUCGUUCGGAAGGAGGGAGAUAUAAAAAUUUCCGUCAACUUCGUCGCGGUCAGAUGUGUCUUGAUGUUCGUAAAAAAAUGAUUAAUAUCGAGUUUCAACAUUUUAGCCUUAAUCGGAUUCUUUUGCUCGCGGUGGGCUUGUGGCCUUAUCAGCGCACGAAAUUCGUUCGAUUACGAGUCGUCUUACUUUUUAGCAUUCUAAUUGGGUCUAUUGUAUUUCAGCUUACACCGUUUAUGACCGUACAACUUUCUCUUGACCUUGUUGUUAAAGUUUUCUCUACCAUGUUAUUACUCGCUACUUUUGCGAUUAAAUACAACUCAUUUUUGGUUAACAUCCAAAGUGUAAAGUAUUUAAUGGAGCAACUUCAGCGUAUAUGUGAUGAAUUGAGAGAUGAGAACGAGAUUGCUAUUUUAGAAAAAUAUGGCCGAGAUGCGAAACGUUAUACAAUUAAUAUUUUACUUUUGACCGCAACCAGUCUAGUUAUUCUUAUUGUCCAACCACUCGGGCGAUGCAUUUAUAAUAUUCUACCGUUUACAAACGGGUCUCGAUCAUAUUGCACCGUGCCGAUUAUAACUGAAUAUUUCAUCGAUCAAGAAAAAUAUUUUUAUAUUAUUAUACUGCAUAUGAGUGCAGCUUUUUCUAUAGGAACGAUUAUAUUGAUAGCAACAGGAACAUGGCUGGCAGUGUCUCUUAAACAUGCUUGCGGUAUAUUCAAGAUUGCCAGUUACCGCAUUGAACGGGCGAUAACAAAUAACUCUUUGGAGAAUAGCAAUCUGAAAAACAAGAUUAUGAUUUAUAAAAGAAUAAUUUUUGCAGUAGAAAUUCACCGCAAAGCCAUGCAGUUCGCAGGAAAUGUAAUAAAUAGAUUUAACAGUACAUUCUUCUUUUUAAUUACCUGUGGUGUGGCUUGUUUAAGUUUUAAUCUUUUCCGCAUCUUUCAGAUAAUAUCGUUUGGAAAAAAUAUGGAGGAAAUAAUAUUGCAUCUUUUGUUAGGAAUUGUCAUUAUUAUAUAUAUGUUUUUAGCCAACUAUGCCGGACAGGAAAUUACUGAUCAUAAUGAUCAUGUAUACCUUACAGCCAUCCUUGGAGUGUUUCGCUUCGUUGGCGAGUGCGUCGGUAUCAUACUUUACCGUUAUGUAUUCUACACAAAAGUGAUAUAGUCAUCAUUCAAUAUCGUAAUAUAGUAGAUCGCAACCAGAAACUAUUUUUAUGUGUAUUGAGGGCAUUGUGUACGGUAUAUUUAAUAAAAACAAUAACACAACCAUCAUUCAAAUAACACAUAGUUACUUGCAAUCGUUGAGUUAAACGUUUUUGGGAAUAAUGUCUAGCGUUAAUAUCAAUCGAACGAAAACGAACAAAGAACUCACCUCAAGACGAGAUUAUAUGCUAAUAGAGCUUUAUAUUUCAUCGACGAUAAUUUCACAACAAACAUAUUGAACUUGCGCCAGAUGAGAGUGAUAUUCCUUCACAGACCAAACGUGUCGUACGAGUACUUGCGACAGAAUGACUGAAAGAGCGACUACGCUUGCGCGAAUUUCGACUGACGAGUUGUCUCACGAAUGUUAUUUCGUGAGAGAUUAACAUGUGUUUGAAUUCUUUCCAUAUUAUGUUGAUAGCCCGAUUGCUGGCGAUCUCACUCCGACAAAGUCAUUAUAUUAUCGCACCGCUUUACUUCGCACUUAUGUUGAGUUAUGCAAUUUGCGUUAGAAUUCGCGGUGGGCGAGACGGAAAUUACAUAAUUCGCAAUUGGUCGUUCGGAAGGAGGGAGAUAUAAAAAUUUUUGUCAACUUUGUCGCGGUCAAAUGCAUCUCGAUGUUCGUAAAGAAAUGAUUAAUAUCGAGUCUCAACAUUUUAGCCUUAAUCGCCUUCUUUUGCUCGCCGUAGGUUUAUGGCCUUAUCAGCGCACGACAUUCGUCCGAUUCCGCGUCAUCUUAUUUUCCAGCAUUUUGAUGAGUUCUAUUAUAUUUCAGGUAUGUCGAUAUUUUAUAAUCGCGUUAUUAUAUAAUAACUAUUACAUAGUCUGUGCAUCUGUAUAGUUUAACACAAUUUAGGUUCUACGGAAUCUACGUAUCGAGAAAUUUGUCCUAUCGUAAGGAAAACUUGUUUUAAUAAUAAUUUAUAAUGUGAAAUUUAUGUAUUAAAUCUGUAUAGUGAACAAAAUAGUAUUCGCAUAUAUACAUACUUCAAUGCUUAUACAAAUAACUUUGCGUACCUCAGAUAGA